AUGGAAGACACUAGACGACUCACAACAGUGACGCUGCCGCAAGAGGAUCUCGAUGCACUAAUACAGGCUCGAGUGACAAAGAUAUUGGAGCAACAGCAACCACAGGCGCUGGCUGAUCGGCUCGACCAUGCAGAAGGUACCUGGGUCGACAAGCUCCCAAGUGUCUUAUGGGCACUUCGCAUGACUCCAAAAGAAGCGACCGACGUAACACCAUUCCAGCUGGUGUAUAGUGGGGAAACAGUGGUCCCUGUGGAGGUUGGAGUAGAAUCCGACCGGAUGCAACUCUACGACAAGGGAAAUACCAAACGGAGGUUAAUGGAGCUCGACUUGGUGGAUGAAUCGCGGGAUAAAGUCACUAUCUUGCUAAUGACAUACCGACAGCGGAUAAGGCAGAAUUACAACCGAAGGGUGAUCCCGAGUUCUUUCCAGGUCGAAGAUAUGUUGUGGAAGAGAAUCAAAUCGGUCAACGACAUCACCAAACUCGAGACGUCAUAG